UGCAAACCUGCAUGCUGUUAUGUCCUAUGGCGAGUGCUCUGGGCUGUUUAUCACACUUGCUGGUUGACUGGAAACAUCGCAGUGGCGUCAGUUGAAGGCCAGGCCACAGUCUUCAAGUGGUUCAUUUACCUCAGUAACUGGAUGUAUCUGUUGCUGACCAUCGAGUGUGUCUUUGAGGCAGUGCUUGUUGUUGGUGCAUUGUUAAAAAAACCAAGACCUAUAGAGGAGGAACACCUUCCUUGGCACCUGCAGCUGAUGUGGUUACUGUACACAGUGUCUGCGGUUGGGGCUGUUGUGGUCGCCGUUUGGUACUGGGCGUGUAUACAUAAAGGUAAAACGCUCACACCAAUCAGAUUCAACACGCACGCCAUAGCUGCUAUCUACGUCAUCCUCAACAUGGCGUUCACCCGACUUCCCUUUCGCCUGCUGCAUUUUAUUUAUCCGGUAGGAACCAAUCAGAAUGGCGAGACAUAUAUUUACUCGAUUCUUGAUUGGUCCAGACCUGGUCGAACAUUAAUCAUAACAUCCUUAUCCAAUUUUGUAUUUAUUCCAUUGGUACACUUGCUAUUAUGGACGUUGAGUAUUUGUUUUCAGAAACUGCAUGAACGGAUUAGGAAAAGUCACGUAGUUUAUAGUCAGGGAAUCGACAGUUUAGAGGCAGAAGAGAUAGAUGUUCAUUAG